AUGUCUUGUUGUUGUUGUGCUUCUUCUUCUUCUUCUUCAAAAUUCUUUUUCUUCUUCAGAAUUCUUCUUCUUAUUCUUCAGCAUUUUCUUCUUCUUCUUCUUCUUCUUCUUCUUCUUCUUCUUCUUCAGAAUUCUUCUUCAGAAUUCUUCUUGUUCGGAAUUCCUCUUCUUCUUCAGAAUUCUUCUUCUUCUUCUCUUUUUCUUCUUCUUCAUCCAAAUUCUUCUACUUCUUCAGAAUUCUUAUUAUUAUUCUUUAGAAUUCUUCUUCUUCUUUUUCUACUUCAGAAUUCUUCUUGUUCGGAAUUCUUCUUCAGAAUUCGACAGAAUCCUUCUUCUUCUUCUUCUUCUUCUACAGAAUUCUUCACAAUUCUUCUUCUUCUUCAAAAUUCUUUUUCAGAAUUCUAUAGAAUUCUUCUUCUUCUUCAGAAUUUUUCUUUUUUUCUAAUUUCUUCUUCAUCUUCAGAAUUCUUCUUCUUCUCUUUAUCAGAAUUUUUCUUUUUCAAAAUUCUUCUUCUUCAAAAUUCUUCUUCUUCAGAAUUCUUCUUAUUUUUAUUCUUUAGAACCCUUCUUCUUCUCCUCCUUCUUCUUUUUCUUCCUCAGAAUUCUUCUUGUUCAGAAUUCUUUUUCAGAAUUCUACAGAAUUCUUUUUCUACUUUUUCAGAAUUUUUCUUCUUCUUUAAAAUUCUUCUUCUUCUUCUUCUUCUUCUUCUUCUUCUUCUUCUUCUUCUUCUCUUCCUUCUUCUUCUUCAGAAUUCUUAUUAUUAUUCUUUAGAAUUCUUCUUCUUCUUCUUCUUCAGAAUUCUUGCUAGGAAUUCUUUUUCAGAAUUCUACAGAAUUCUUCUUCUUCAGAAUUUUUCUUUUUCUUCUUCUUCUUCUUCUUCUUCUUCUUCAGAAUUCUUAUUAUUAUUCUUUAGAAUUCUUCUUCUCCUCCUUCUUUUUCUUCUUCAGAAUUCUUCUUGUUCGGAAUUCUUCUUGUUCGGAAUUCUUCUUCAGGAUUCUACAGAAUUCUUCUUCUUCAGAAUUCUUCUUCAGAAUUCUUCUUCUUCAGAAUUCUUCUUCUUCAGAAUUCUUCUUCAGAAUUCUUCUUCAGAAUUUUUCAGAAUUUUUCUUCUUAUUGUUCUUGUUCUUCAUCUCCUUCAGAAUUCUUCUUCUUCUUCUUCUUCUUCUUCUUCUUCUUCUUCUUCUUCUUCUUCAGAAUUCUCAUCAUUAUUAGGUGAACGUUAUUAUUUUCCUUUCAUCGUAACCUUUUCUUCACAAAACUGGCAUUACCGAUCUUCUAAUUACCGAAACUAUUAUGGGCGUUAUCAUUGCCAUGUUCCCUGA